CUGGACCCACACUCUCAUUAGACUACCGCACACACAGAUGUGGAUUAGCACGGAAACCCGGCGUUAAUGACAGUAAACAGAGUAAACGCGCUGAAAGGCGUUUCGAGUCCUCUGGCUUGCCGUAGAAAAACAAGGCGGGGCUUUAGAAAGGUCGGGUAAACCACGUGGAUGGUGGAGCAGCGGAGGAUCAGCGCCUGGUUGCUGUGUGUAAAGCUGUAAAGUCAUCAUGUCGUCGAAGAAAGAGUUGAGCAGCGAUGACCGCUUCAGUCGGAUCAAGAAGGACCCUCGCUUCUGGGAGAUUCCCGACGUGGAGAAAAAAGUCCAGAUCGACAAGAGAUUCCAGUCCAUGUUCCAUGACGAGCGGUUCAAGCUGAAGUACACAGUGGACAAACGCGGCCGGCCGGUCAGCCACACGUCCUCGGAGGACCUCAAACGCUUCUACAAACUGUCCGACUCUGAGGGCUCUGAUGGAGAUGAAGACGAGGAGGAAAAGAAGAAGAAGAAAAAGAAAGAGAAGAAGAAAAAGAAGACGAAAGCGGAGGUGGCGCCUCAGCAGGAAAAAGAAGAGGAGGAGGAGGAAGAAGAGGAGGAGCAUGUGCCCGAGAAGAGUUUAAAGAAAGACAAAAAGGCUUUAAAACUCACAGAAAAGGCUAGAAAGCCUAAAACAGGACCAGUCAAAGGAGUGAGAGUGAUUGAAGAAGGAGAGGAGGAUGAAUUUGAUGAAGAUGAUGAAGAAGAAGAAGAAGAAGAGGAAUACAGCGACACUGACAAAGGAUUAGGUCUUUCUGCUGAUGACGACGAUGAUGAAGGUAGUGAUGAUGAUGACGAAGAUGAAGACGAGAGUGAUGAGGAUGAGGAAGGCAGUGACAGUGACAGUGACAGUGGUCCUGAUUUGGCCAGAGGAAAAGGCAACAUCGAGACCAGCUCAGAGGAAGAGGAGGACGAGGAGGAGGAUGAUAAUGAGGUGGAGGAUUAUCUUCGCCGUGAGGAAGAGGAGAUUGAGCACGACUGGGGGGAGAUGUGGAAGGACGCUCCACGCUCAGAGGAGAUGAGCCGAAGGCUGGCGGUGUGUAAUAUGAACUGGGACCGGAUUAAGGCUAAAGACUUGCUGGCUCUCUUCAGUUCAUUCAAACCCAAAGACGGAGUGGUGCUGUCUGUAACGAUCUACCCGUCUGAGUUCGGUAAGGAGCGGUUGAAGGCAGAACAGACUCAGGGGCCGCUGGAGCUGACCUGCCUGCCAGACGACCCAGAUGCAGACACAGAAGAACAAAGGAUCUACAGGGAGAAGGUACGAGAUUACCAGUUCAAGCGUCUGCGGUAUUACUACGCCGUGGUGGAGUGCGACUCUGUGGAAACAGCCACCAAGCUCUAUGAGGAGUGUGAUGGCUUUGAGUACGAGAGCAGCUGCUCCAUGAUGGACCUGCGAUUCAUUCCUGAUGACGUCACGUUUGAUGAAGAGCCCAAAGACAGAGCGACGGACGUGGACUUGUCCACCUACCAGCCCAAACUCUUCACCUCCACUGCAACCACUACUGCGAAGGUGGAGCUAACGUGGGACGAGACGGAUCACGAUCGAGUGACCGCCCUCAGUAAGAAGUUCAGUAAGGACGAGCUGCUGGACAUGGACUUCAAGGCCUACCUCGCUUCCUCCAGUGAGGAUGAGGAGUUUGAAGAGGAAGGAGUAGUUCAGGAAGAGGAGAUGAAGCUGGCGGAGAGCUCGGCGGUGGAGAAGAGAGGGAAGAAAGGAAAGAAGGAGGAAGAGCAGAUCGCUAAAUACCGUGAGCUACUGCAGAGCAUCCAGGAUAAAGAAAAGAAGGAGAAGGACAAGGACAUGGAGAUGGAGAUCACAUGGGUGCCGGGGUUGAAGGAGACCACCGAGAAGCUGGUGAAGAAAAAACUGGAAGGCAAAGACAAACUGACUCCAUGGGAGGAGUUUCUGGAGAAGAAGAAAGAGAAAAAGAAAGAGAAGAGGAAAGAAAAGAAGGAUGCCGAGGCUGAAGCUGCUAUCAGUGAUGAUGAACUUCCUCCUGAUGUUGACCUCAAUGACCCAUUCUUCUCUGAAGAACUGGACGGCACCGCCGGAGCGUCUCAGAAAAACAAGAAAACAAAGAAAAACAAAAAAGAGGAGGAGCAGAGAACACCGGAGGAGGAGGCGGAGUUAGAGAAGCAGAAGGCCGAAAUGGCUCUUCUGAUGGAGGACGAAGAUGAAGAGAAGCACCGUCAUUUUAACUAUGAUAAGAUUGUGGAGCAGCAGAACCUGAGCAAGAAGAAGCGGAAGAAGCUGCUGAAGACCAACACGCUGCUGGAGGAGGACAGCUUCCAGGUGGAUGUGCAGGACCCUCGAUUCCAGGCCAUGUUCACGUCCCACCUUUACAACCUGGACCCAUCAGAUCCGGCAUACAAGAAGACCAAGGGCACUCAGAGCAUCCUGGAGGAGAAGCAGAGGCGCAGAGAGGAGCAACAGCACCAGCAGCAUGGCCAGAAGGAGGCGCUAAAGAAACAAACGGCAGAGAAACCCAUCAAGAACACAUCUGAGCCAGAGAAGACCAGCAGCGCUGCGGAUUUGACAUCACAGAAAGUCAUGGACCCCAGUCUGUCUAUGCUUAUUAAAUCUGUUAAGAACAAGACUGAGCAGUUUCAGGCCCGCAAGAAACAGAGGACAAAAUAGAACUGCAGAGACGAAAACAGGUUUUACUGAUUUUUAUUUUUCAUUUAGAAUUAACCAGAAUGAACCACCCUGAACUGGAUUAAACUGGCUCAUUUCCACAGUAACUGCUGUGUUUUGUUGUUAGGAGAUUCUUCAUAUUGUGCCUAAAGUACAAGGUUUUUGUGGAAAUAAAAGACAAUUCCUUUUGUACAG